GUACUGAACAAGAAGAUCCCUGAAAACCCAAGAUACAAAGAUGUUAAACCAACACUUGAUACAGGACAUCGCCCGGCUCCCUCCAGCAGAUCUCUCGGUGCUAGCAUGUCCAAAUAUAUGGCCAAGAUUGAAGAAAUUAGGAAAAACUACAGGUACAAGAAGGAUGAGAUGUUCAAGAGGAUGAAAGUGACAACCUUUGUUCAAUUGAUACUACAAGUUAAGGCCUACCAGCAGCAAGAAGCAGACAACCGUUUUUUGGAGUCGCAAGCAUCAGACAGGGAACUUGGCAAGUUGAAAGACGGACAAAAUGGAGGGAGUGGGGAUGGCAGUGGCAGCCCAGUUCCCUCAUUAGCACUGACAGAGGGUGACUUUGGAGAAGAGGCUGAGAUACAUACAUCUCGUUCAACAUUACAGAGUGUGAUCAAAGGCAUAGGAGAAUUUGACGUUGGAAACAACUCUAUUCCACCCACACCGUCUAUUCCUAAGUCUGAGGAGUACGACAACCCAUAUUUGCUUCUUGAUCUGAGAGACUCUGAUGCAUACAAACAGUGCCACCUCAUAACAGCAAAGAAUUACCCUUCUGCUAUGCUAUCAAGAUCAGUCAACAACUUCACUAAAGACAUCCUUGCUUAUAAAAACAAGACAGGGAAAAUCAUUGUCAUGUAUGAUGAAGAUGAGAGGAUUGGUCCCAUGGCAGCAACUACAUUUGUGGAGAGGGAUUUCAACAACACAUUCCUUCUGUCUGGAGGUUUGAAAUUGGUAGCCGAGAAGUUUCCCACAGGUUUGACAACAGGGAUGGUACCUUCUUCAUGUAGACCUCCCCCUCCACCCCAGAUGGGUAAGAAGAAGCCUAAGGAACGACCUCCAGAGCCAAUCCGUCCAGCUAACCAGACAGAUUUCACUGAUGAUGAUUUAGACAAGCUUCAAGGCCAUCUGGAAACGUGCCUUGCCCCAAGUGACACUGGAACCCGUUUGAGUCGUCAAACUCCACAAGCCCAAAGCUUGUCAUCCACAGUCAGCACAGCAAGAUCUGGGACAGCCUCCUCAAGGCUUCACUCAAGCCACUGGAAGUAGAAUGGCAAGAGACAAGGUGAGGCCUUACCAUGUGGAAACAGAAUAGCAAGAUAUAUGGUCAGUUUGCAAGGAAAAGGUAAUCUGAAGUCAUAAUUUUACAAUAAAAAGCCCCUGCAAUUAUGGUUGGCAAAAGUAAUCUCAUCUAAAAUAUCAUUCAGAGCAUAAUUUGCUCAAAUUGUGAAUUUGUGUGACUUUAAGGGUAGGUUGCACCAUUGGUAAAAUCAGAAAAAAUGAAACUGCUGAGUUAUCUUUGAAAAAUCUUACUUGAAAUAAAGUAAAUAACAGCCUUGAUCAAUUUAAAUUAUUUCUUCCCACAAUGCCGUCAUUUUUGAGAAAACACUAUUCUUCUCUUUCUUUCAGUCAGUCGACCAUUGUUUAAUUUUUUCUCAUUUUAAAUACGAUGUCUGUUCACAGGUGCCGAUUUUUGUGUGUGAUGUGUACAGAUGUUGUAGGAGUCGUUAUAAAUAGGUAACACUAAAAGCAGCAAAAACACACUGGUGGAAAAUCACAAAACACAUUGAAAGCUGAAAGAAGAUGAAAGUAAGUGCUGAGGUACCGUAUAAAGUUAAAGAAAUUGGAUCACUUCAGAAUUAAGUUUGGUGUACAGAAAGGGACUUUCUCAACGUGAAAAUGUUGUAAUCUCGCUAUCACUCUCGAAAUGUAAUGGUAUGGUCCAAAUCGUAAUUUGGCAGCCGUUUUUGAGCUCUGUGCACUGGGAGAUGAUUUUCAUCAACAAAAACUAUGAUUUCAAGAGUUAAACCACCUUUAGCUAAAUUAUUAGGAAAUUGAGAAUGGAUUUUAUAUUUCCAUUGAUGUCUGAACUGAUGUGAAAGUGUGGAAAAAGUUUGUGCAUAUACUCUUGUCGUGAUAUGAGUCAACUGCAUAUAAACUGCAGUAACAUCACUACUCAGUGAAGUUUUUCCAUGAUCCCAUAGAGCUACAUUGUCAAAGAGGCACAUUACUUCAAGGUUAAUUUACUGAGUACUCUUUACCAUUGAAAUAUGCUCAUUUGAAGGGGCAAGACCACCUGUCAUGCCUGUUGAUCUUCAGAUGGACCUUGCAAGUAAUUUGUACGUUGUUCUGCUCACUCAGAAUGCCCUGUAGUUCAUGGAUUUUGCACAAGAUAAAUUACAAAAUCUUCAAUUUGACUGUUAAAAAGGCUGCCGUUUUUCUGAAUUUUUCUCAAAGCAGUUAACUCAAACUUGAAACAAGUCAGUGGAAUGACAACUGCCUGAACUUUUACGCCACUAAAUCAGUCGAUCUUGUAAAAUCACAGCAAAAACCCAAUGUUGUGCCCCCUAUAUGUACAUGUAGCUAGCACACCUUGAGUCCAUUUUCCCACUUUGGUGCUUUUUUCUUGAGUUUUAACAAAUUGUGCAAGUUUUUUUGCGCAUACUAAUCCUAAACCAACCAAGGAAGACUUUUGUGGGAGCACCACAAUUGUUUCAUGGUACCCAACACACCUGUGGCUUGUUUGGUUGGACAAUAAUUCACCUGUUGUACUUAAAUUACAAUGCUACUUAAAUAAUUUGAUAUGAAAUGCACAUAUUGGAGUAACAGAAGUGCCUUGGGUCUAAUUUCAUUGGGGAAAAUGUUUUGUGUAAAUAUUAAAAAUACUUUGCAAUUAUGAAAUCUAGGAACCAAUGAAUGUGCAUGAAAUGUGUGUAAAAUAGUACCAGGUAUGUCUUGCAGUGGUAGUGUUAUACAAAUAAUGAAUAUUUAUGAACAGGGGUAAGAAUAAUUUCAUUAGGUGGCAGUUGAAAUGUUCUAAUACUUGGGCUGAAUGACACAAUUCUUUCUUCUUUCCAUUUGCACAUAUGCGAAGUAUUCAUUAAAUCCUCAUGUGCAAGAUGCUAAUUUAAUUUCUCAUCCUGAGAUAAAAGUGCAACAUUUGCAUUCUGCAACUGUAAUUUGGACUGGUUAUCAGUGUCGGAACUGGAGUGAAAUUUCUGAGGGGCAUCCUGGGGUGUGCACAUUUUUGUUUAACAAUUAAGGUUACACGCUCCCCAUAGUUAAACCACCACUGUUUGUUUGAGGAGUCACAGCUGGGCCUACUGAGUGCCUAUGUAGUCCAAUAAUAUAUUCCAGGGUUUAUCGUUGAAUAUGUCAUAUACAUGUCAGUGACAUGUUAGUCAAAUGACAAGGGAUUAUUCAGGUAUUGGAUAUUAUUGAAUGAAUAAUUUUACCACAUGGUAUGCUGUGCUUUCCAUGGGUGAUAAAAUUAUCUCAUAUUUUUCCUUUUGAUUACAGGCUUAUUACAAAUCCGGAAACGGUCUGAAUUUUCUGUGCUGGCAGUUAGUAAUUUGUUGAGUAGCCUUACUGAAUGUGUAAUCAUAACCAUACUUUUCAUGAAGAGCAGCAAUAGCCUUGCCUCCAGACUUCUGUACUCUACACAUAUGCACUGUCAAAAACUACUGCACAAAAACAGAAGUUAUUGCACAUUGAAAUAAAAUUACUUAAGAAAUCUAAUUAGCUUUGGACAGUAUAUUUCAAGUGUAAAAAAUCACUUCUUACACAAUGAACGUGUGUUUCUCACUUCAAAUGUCCUAAGAAAUAGUCAAACAUUUACAUGUGUUUUGUGUUUCUAUGAGUUGCACAUGAUUUUUGAAGUACACUGUCGGCAGUUCAUGGUGUUCUCAUAUAACAUUCUGACAAAUUGUGCUUGCCUACAAGGUAUAAUUCUGCUGAAAACCCAUUUCCUAUUUUGACAUGUUUAGAUUUACAAGCUUGUACAUGUUAAUGUAUGUUAUUGUUAUGUAGAACAGAACUUUCUACAUUAACAGUAAUUGUACAUUGAUUAGGUCCUGAGGCAUAUAUAUAUGGCAUAUACAUAUCAUGUACAGGCAAUACAUUGUUGUCAUAAAAUUGUUGGCUAGUUCUUGAUGUAAUAACAGUCAUUUUUGUACCACAUACAUAAAUAAGUAAAUAGAGGCUGCAAAUUGGGUGUAAUACCACCAUUUUUAUCAUUUGACAUAUUUUCAGGUAUUGCUAUUCACUAGCAUGCAUUAACCUUAACCAUGCCAAAAUGUAACCCUUUUUUGUAAAUCAGUUUCCGUUGGACUGUGUUGGUCCGAGUUACGAACAAAAGACCUAUUUUCCAGCCAUUGUGAUCUAAUGCAUUCUUCAGGCUGCACAUUUUGCCGUUUUUUGGAUUCUGGUACUGUACAUUCAGGAAAAUACCAAAAGAAAACCAAACAUGGUUGAGGUGAUUGUGCAUACUGUUGUUGACUUAAACCCCUUGCUUUCGGUUGGAUUUUAACUUUUGUGUGUUUCUGCUACUUUUUCUCUGUUCUUUACACAAUUUUUCAAUAUAUUUUGGCUGAAAGAUGCUUUUCUUGAACUUUUCAAUCAGUUUACGGUUCAAGAUAUAAAUUUUCUAAGAAUCGUGAAUAGAUUUGCAAUUGAAUUCUGUCACAAGAGGGAAGUUUUCAAACCUAUAUGCAUGUAUUUAACUUCCCACCUAUUUCUUACUACAUGUAAUGUGAUCUUCCGUCUUGUAUAAACUGGUCAUUUGCGUUUGUAUAAUACGCUUCUUUUAAUUCAGAGCUUUUUUUCAGUCAUUAGUCAUGGAUCUGUAUGUUUUAGUUGUAUGUCACAGUUGCAUAGUUUCAUGUCUUAAAAGUCUUUACCAUCCGUCCUGUUGGAUCAUUUCUUUGCUAUGGACAUUGCGUAUGUAACACCAUAUGCGUGUACAUGUACAUAUAAAUGAUGGUGCUUUGUUGUCUUACAUCGCAUGAGGACAUUUUGCAUUUAUGCUCUUGUUCCUGUGCAAAAGGUGGAGUUUGUAGUCUCUUCUGCAUGUAAAAGCUUUAGAAUGAUUGUGAAGGUGACAAGUGUUCAGUACAAGUGCUGGGCCAGUCAUGACUCCCACACUGAUGGGCGGGGGGUACAGUGGGGUCUACCCCCUCUCCCCGAGUUAAUUUUUUUUUUUUAAAUGAAAGGUGAAUUUUUUUUAUAGUCUGCAUAAUUUCCUUUCCUUCAAAAAGCAUGCAAAGAGCUAAUAAUGUAGCCUCACCCCUCAAAAGCCAUAAAAGGUUACAGGAAUUCCUAAAUUUAAUAAUCUUUUUCUAGGUGACUUUUGUUUUGGCAUUUCACCGCAUUGUAAAUGUUUAAUGUGUUUAUUUUUUCUCCAUUUUGUAGUUUCUUGACUGUUCUCACUUGUUUACUGUACAGUGUGUAAAAUAAAAUCUUCACAGAGUUAUCAGUGACCAAAA